GCCGGCUUGUUCCCCAUCGCCGCGCGAUUCAACCAUGCGUGCGAUCCCGUCAACAACGUGGAAUAUGAGUUUGACCAUGACAAUGGCGUUCUUACGAUGAUGGUGCGAGAAGAUAUUACUGCUGGAACAGAGCUCAAGAUUUCAUAUGGGAAGAAUCUGAGCCCGCAGGACUUAUAUUUGUGCUAUGGCUUCAGAUGUAGCUGUGGGGGGUGUAAGGGGUUGAGUGAUAGGGAGGUGGAUACUAUUUCUACGCAGUGGUAA